ACAACACUGGUACUAUUUUACAGCGGCGUCAACAUCUCUGCGCACAUUUCGAUAAAAUUUCGUAUUCAGAGAUAUUUAUACGUUAUAAAAUAUUUAGCGCAUUGCGAUUGCAGCAAGUGAGUGGUAAUGAGGCUGUUUACGAUUUGUACAAACGCGCACAACAAACCAAACGCACGUUAGCAUCAUAGUACGAACUUUGCGUCGUUUUCGUUUCCGUCCCCUAGGCGUUCCACAGUGCCAGGAAUAGCCCAUAGGCUAACUAACACAGUAGCAGCUAUGGAUGUUGUUUGUGUAAUUGAUACAGUUGUGGGCGAUCAUCUGGAGGACCGCCUCUGUGCCCUAGAGGAGGUCAAACAGGCAGUACAAUCGGCGGGUGCCAAUUUUCAACGUGUUCAGUUUGAGAGAUUGGAUUUUGGGGAAACGAAUGUUACGGAAACAUUUAUUGAUGCCGAUGUAGCCGUUAUAGAUCUAAGCAUAUUAACCCAACAGCGCCCAUUGUUCUAUCAUUGUGGAGUUCGAGAGAGUUGCGGAAUGAAAGAAACAAUAUUAAUCUACAACGAUGUGGAUUCCAAACAGACGCUCAGCCUUAAGCUUUUAUGUGCCAACUACUUGUUUCUCAGCUAUAAGUUUAAUAGGGAGACCAACACCUGCACUCUUACAAAUCAGUCCAGCAACAAAGAACCACCCGCCACAUUACAGUCACGUCUCGCGCGCAAGUUACAGGAUGUCGAAAUACAAUCAAAGGCACACAUGCGUGAAAAAUUUCUCAGCGAUUUACGCGCGUCUCGCGAGGAACAUGGGCCCAGCAAGUUGAAGGAGAUUCUACAUGGGAUGCGCAAACGUCUGGAUGAUCCGCAUGUGCUAUCUGGUGAGGUGUUGCACAGUUUUAUGUUCUCUCUUCGGGAUGUACAGGAUUAUGAUGCGAUGGUGCGACUGGUAAACGAUUUGAAGAAUAUACCAAACACCCGCAAGUAUGUCGAGACGGGCAACAUGAGUUUCCUGUAUGCGUUUGCUUUAAAUCGUCGCAAUCGGCCGGGGGAUCGGGAGAAGGCACUUGAAUCAUCGUUGAAAGCGCUGGAAAAGAAAGAGAAUCAGUUUCCCGACAUGUUGUGCCUAUGUGGACGCAUCUACAAGGAUAUGUUCGUGGAGUCAGACUGUACGGAUACGAAGAGUCUGGAAAAUGCCAUCAAAUGGUAUCGUCAGAGCUUCGAGGUGCAACCAAAUGAAUAUGCUGGCAUCAAUUUGGCCACCCUGCUGGUGAUUGAGGGCAAGGAGUUUAGCAAUACGGAGGAGUUGCGUGAUAUUGGUAUGACGCUCAACAAUCUCAUUGGAAAGAAAGGCAGCUUUUCAACGCUGAGUGGAUACUGGGAUGUGGCAACAUUUUUUGAGAUCUCAGUACUGGUCGAGGACUAUACCAAGGCAAUACAAGCUGCUGAGUGCAUGUUCAAGCUAAAGCCACCCAUUUGGUCACUCAAGUCGACCAUUGGAAAUAUAUCAUUGAUACAUCGCUUUCGACGCAAGCCUGAGGAUCAUCAACUGACCAUCGAAGAGCAGGCGUUUCAGUUCUGGAUGGACUUCUUUCUAGCGGCCAUCAACAAAGAGAUUAAUAGCAUACGAUUUCCUAUAUUGAUACUCGAACCCAACAAAAUUUAUAUGCCCAGUUAUGUGACCAUGAAUAUGGACGCCGAUGAGAAGUCUAUACAAAUUGUGAACAUUUGCCUGGCGCACUCGAAAAAUGAUUGCAAAAAGCUGCACGACUUUCUCUUUGUUGCCUCCAAAAUCAAAUCCGUCAGCCUGUAUAAACGGGACAAUCUCUGUGCGUAUCUUUAUGUGCAUCACAACUCGGAUGAUUUUCAAAUCUACUUUCCGUCCACCGAGUGCCGACAGAGUUUUUACGAUCGGAUUCUGGAAAUGACCGCUGAUCAGCAGGUUUUUGUUAAUCUUCAGACUGACGAAUCGCAAAUCGAGUACGAAUACGACUACAAUGAUCAGAAUCGAAAGAUAACGCUGGGCAAGGGCACCUAUGGUACUGUCUAUGCGGCGAGGGAUAAGCAGACUCAGGUGCGCAUUGCCAUUAAGGUGGUGCCGGAGAAGAACUCACAAGAUGUGCAGCCGCUGCAUGAGGAGAUUAAGCUGCAUUCGCAGCUCCGCCAUCGCAAUAUUGUACAGUAUUUGGGAUCGCGUUCCGAGGGUGGAUUCUUCAAGAUCUUCAUGGAGCAGGUGCCCGGUGGCUCGUUAUCCGAUCUGCUUAAGACCAAAUGGGGUCCACUCAAGGAUAACGAAUCUACUAUGGCAUUCUACUCCAAGCAGAUACUGCAAGGACUCAAAUAUCUACACGACCAGGAUAUUGUGCAUCGCGACAUUAAAGGCGACAAUGUUCUGGUCAACACAUACAGUGGCGUCGUCAAGAUCUCCGACUUUGGUACUUCAAAGCGACUGGCGCGCAUCAAUCCCAUGACAGAUACCUUUGCCGGCACAUUGCAAUACAUGGCACCGGAGGUGAUUGACCAGGGAGUACGUGGUUACGGACCGGCAGCUGAUAUUUGGUCCUUUGGCUGCACAGUUGUCGAAAUGGCGACGGGCAGCCCACCGUUCAGUGAACUGGGCAACCCACAGGCUGCCAUGUUCAAGGUGGGCUUUUACAAGAAGCAUCCCACCAUACCCGAGGAGAUGUCACCGAAUGCUCAGAACUUUAUAUUGCGCUGCUUUGCCAUCAGUGUUCAGGACAGACCCUCUGCUUCUCAGCUACUCGAGGAUCCGUUUUUGCAAGACAAACCACGCAAACUGCGACCUGCAUUGCCCAUUAAUACCUCGGAGUUUGGCCGCAGCAUAUCCGUACCCGCAGAUCGUUUGGUGCAGAAAACAACGCCGCCUUUAACGUACAACACUACGUCGAAUACGCCUACCACUCCGGAUCUGGAAGUUACCCUCAGCACAUCCUCUGUCGACAUUAUUGACCUAGGCACCAAUCAAAUCGAGCGGCGUAACUCCUCUGGCUUUUUACUUUCACCGGAAAUAGAACCAAUGACACCUUCGCUGCGAACAAGCAUCAGUGACACAAGCGAAACGGAUGGCUUCUAUCGCUUGAAAAAGGACUCUCAAAGGCGCACAACGCUUUCCAAGGUGCUGGCACUGGACGAGUCAAAGAUCUGUGAGCUUUGGGAGAAGAAGCUAAAUGCGGAUCAGAAUUCCAUAGCCAUACACAAGAGUGAUUUGGAGAUGCUGAUUCGCGGCCUGCGCGACUACAUUAUGAACGAGAAUGAAAAGCAUCUGGAGGCGACCAUCAAUGAACUGAAAACGAAACUCAAUAACGAUCCGGUGGCGUUGGAUCAUUUGCAUUUGGCGCUAUACUCAUUUCAAGAUGCAGUUGUUUGUGCCUUGCGGCUGCACUGCAUCAAACCACAUUGGAUGUUUGCGUUGGACAAUCUCGUUAAGCGAGCUGUGCAGGCGGCCGUUACCAUAUUCUCACCCGAACUAGGUGCCAAUCUGGCCGAUAAGGAUUUGUCUGGCAAUGUUGAUGAGAGCGUUCAUAACGCAGGAGCGAGUGUUCUUUUGGAUAGUCAGGAGAAGCAGGCUGUUAGCAGUUCCGGCCCCUUGUUACAGUCAGAUCAGUGCGAUGGAGUCGGCAACUCAGCUGAGUGUGUCCGCAUCUUGCGUGAUAUACGCGACAAUCAGAAGCAGCUACAGUUACAGAUUAUGGAACAGAACCGACAGAGUAUGCGCGCUCUUCAUAAUAUUAGUCAGGAACUGGCGCACAUUUAUAUGGGCGGACGGAAGCGUUUGAGACGCAGCUUCAACGGAUUUAACAAGAAGUGCCAUAGAAUGAGUCCCAGUGGCGCUGGCAACGUUGCCGUGCGUCAAUCUAUUAAUGCCAAUCCCCGUCGCCAACUAACCAAGCACAAUUUUGGUCUGCACGAGAUAGACGAGCAAUUGGAGCAAUGGUUGUUCCAGCAUGACAUUGAUGAUUUCUCAAAAACGCUUAUUUUGAAUGAAGGUUUCACAUUUGAGGAUUUCAUUUACAACAUGGAGAAGCUGGACCUCAUGCGCCUGGGAUUACGGGUUGGCAUCGAAGUGAGAAUAUGGAAACUCAUCAUACAGGAACGAGCCUGCACCUCGGAGUGCAUGGAAAGUCCGCCGGGCACAUAUCACAAGCCAGUCAACAAUAACACCAUAACCACUAAUGUAGCUGAUGAUAACGUUGUUAGCCUGGCCAAGCCAAAACCCAAAAAAAGUGAAAGUGAAUAUGCCUCGUGCAGCGAAUGACUAAGCCGCCUGGUGAAUUAAGGAUCUAGUGGAUUGAUGGAUUUAGAAUAGAAGCAGGAGAGAAGAGAGAUGCAUACAUCGAUUGUUGUUGUUUUUACUGAUUCUGUUUAAUUGUAAAUGUUGUCUUUGUGCUACUAAUAACAGUUGCAAAACCUAUUAU